GCAUGAACGCUCGACGGAGGGCAAUGUCUAUGGUGAAUGUAGUUCAGCUUGGGUAAAACCAGAAACUGGAUCCAGGCGAUUGUGAGGAGUUUGACAGCUUUUGCAUAUACUACAGUAUCAGUCAGCGUUCAUAGAUAAUCCUGGUAUUAUUUGUUUGUGCUUCAGCAUAAAGCGCAUUAACAGAUCUGCACCUGCUGCACGUUUGGAAUUGUAUCUGCGCAAUAAGCUCAGCUCGCAGAUGCGUCCUAGAGAGCCAUACAGCAGACGCCACUUUCUGCAGCGUUCUACCAUGAGCUAACUGCUCCUCUUUGACUGAUUUUUUUCAGUGCAACGCAUAAAUAAACCGAGAAUGUCUACGGAGUUAGAUGUGUUUGUGGGGAACACUACUGUCCUGGAUGAAGACGUGUACCAACUGUGGCUGGAUGGACACACGGUCUCAAAUGCAGUGAGAAUACGGAUGGAAGCAGGUGCCUUGCAGGAGUGUGAAGCCAAUGCAGAAGUUCUGCACAGCGACACCAUGGACCAGUUCAGAACAUUCCAGAUGUGUGAGCGGCUCCUCCAGUCCCCUUCCAAAGUGGCCAAUCAGCUUCUGUUCCAGAUCCCUCCUCACCGUCAAACCAUGCUCAUCGAGAGGUACUAUGAGUUUGAUAGUGUGUUUGCCAGGGAGGUGCUGGGUAAGAAACUCUCCAAAGGGACCAAAAAAGACUUGGACGACAUCAGUUCAAAGACUGGGAUUGCACUCAAGUGCUGUCGUCGACAGCAUGUGUUUAAAGUGGUGGAAGAGCUAAAAGGCCCCCUAGUGGAGAACAUACAGCGUCACUUUCUCCUGUCUGAUGUUCUGGCAAGGGACUAUGCUGCCAUCGUGUUCUUCGCUAACAGCCGUUUUGAGACAGGGAAGAGAAAGCUACAAUAUUUGUCUUUCCAGGACUUUGCCUUUUGCGCUGGUCAGCUCAUCAGCUACUGGACCGUGGGAGCAGUUAACAACGUGAUGGAAGACUUGGAUGUUGAUCUAGAAAAAGAGUUUCUCCAUGACUUGAAAGACUUGAAAGUUUUGGUUAAUGAUAAGGACAUGUUGGACCAACACAAAAGCUUGGUGUGUGCACAGCUUAGAGGGAAAAUUAAAGUCUUUAGUGAGAUGGAGGCCAGUUUUAAGAAUUUGUCAAGAGCUCUAGUUAACAUUGCCUCAAAACUCACACACACCAAAGAUUUCCGAGAUCUGUUCAUCGACCUUGUGGAGAAGUUCAUUGAACCACGCCGGUCAGAUAAAUGGACAAUCGGAGACCUCAGACUUUUCCUCAAGCACUACAGCAGCUCUGUACACACGCUUGAGGCUUUCAGGCAUCAAGUUAUAUGGGACAGAUACAUGGGUGUCAUCAAAAGCUGCAUCCUGAAAAUGUACCAUGACUAGAACAUAUUUCCAAUGCUGGUUUCCAGUUAGAUUGACCAAAAUUUUCUUCAAACCUUUAAAGAGCUAGUCGCCCUCUUGUUUGUAAAUGUUGCUACCUCAGCUCCCUUUGUAUAUCAUAGUAUUAUUGUACAUUU